UAUGAAAUCGCUUAAAGAGAGAAUGUAAAAAAUAGACAAAGUAUUAUGCAUACCUAAUACCAAUAGAUAUGUUAGAAGCUCAAUAUACCUGAUUAAAGUAAGGGUCUUUUCAAACGGAAGAAAAAUAAUUCAUGUAUAAUGAAAGAACAAGACAAGAACAUUAACAAUGUAAGCAUGAUUAGUUCAAAUGCAGGAUGUAUCAUUAGUAGAACUUAAUUGAAAAAGCAAUAAUCAAUUUAAAUGUUAUAAUGUGAUACAGUUAGAAGUUAAACAUUAUCCUUGAAAUAAUUAAAGAUGAUUCAUGAAUAAGAUUAGAUUCAAUGCAUGUAAUCGUAAAAGGAAGAAUUACAAAAUUAGAUAAACUAAUUAGUGUAAAUGAAAAAAUAAAUAUAAGACAAAGAGGAUAAAAAGAAAAAACAAUUUAUAACAUAAGAUACUUCUCUAUUGCCAUAAAUGCUUAAAUUGUAAUAAGAGAAAUUGUCAAUUGAAAAUGAAAUUACUUAGAUUGAUUCUAAAAUUGAAUAAGUCAGAUAUAGCAACAUUAAUAAACUAUAAGUUUUAUAAAAAAGAAAUUGGAAGGAGGAGAAAAAGGUAACUUUGAGUAAGAUUCAUAUUUAUAGUCAUUCGAAUAAAAAUGGUUGGACCUUGAAUAAAACGAAUCUAAAAUUCAAAUUGAUGACAAGUUAUACAAUCUUUUUAUCCAUGACUCUCCACCUUAAGAACAAGUAGAUUAAAAGACUAUAGAUACAUUAACAAAAGAAGUUGAAGAUUUAUUAUGUUUAAAAUUACCAGAUGAAUAAGAUGAUUAAUAAUUACAACAAAGUCAAAGAAGUAAAUUAAAUUAGAAUUAUUAAUCUCCAUUAUAAAUUAUUGAAGAAGAACAAUCCAUCGAAUUGUCUUUUUAAAAAUUAUGA